AUGUGGAAAUCCCCCGAUAACUCUCGUCUCCCAUCUCGCGAGGAAAUUCAUCAGACACACCAGGCUCUAGCUGCACUCGACAACGAGCUUGCUCCACUCCAUUCCACCCUGGCCCGCAAUGCCCAACGCGAACAAGACUGCGAGCAGCGGAUCGCCCUGCUUCAAAACGAGCUCAGGUCUAUUCGAGAGGACAAGAACAAAGUCUCUGAGCGUAUCUCCGCACUCGAAUCAGAAAAGGACCGCCGCAGGGCCUGGAUAGCUGUUCAUCGCCGUCUCCCGCGCGAAAUACUGGCAGAAAUAUUCAUCUGGCACGUCAAAAUAGACAACAGAGCACCUCUAGUUGUCUCUGCCGUCUGCAAGCUCUGGAGGUCGACGGCACUCUCGACUCCUAGGCUCUGGGCAUAUCCGCGUAUCACGGAUCAGUCGCUUCCUCUGCCACUGCUCAAGCUCUGGCUUGAGCGCGCGAGUAACGCCCCCAUUCAUCUCCAUCUCGAAGUCCAAGACGUCACCAAUGACCUACUCGAACUAUAUUCAAAUGUCUACUGCCUAAAGUUUCGACCAUGGCCCACACAUUUGCACAACAAGACAUUCUCCAAACUCCACAAGCUCAUGCUAGAACAUGAAGAUGCCUCUCUUGAGCAUCUCCGCCGCGACGUCUUCUCGUCCAUGCCCAACUUAAAACAGUUGCAUCUGCACUGGUUUCGUCUUUCACGACGCCCCGUGCUCGAAUGGGCCUGGGACCUCCCUCCACUUGAUGAACUCCAUUUUGCGGGUCGUACCUGGGCGUGGGUGGACGCGGUAGAGCUCGUUGCCCCGUCCCUCAAGAAGUUGGCCCUGGAUAUUGGCGACGUCCCUACACCUGUUCCGUCCAAUGUCACCAUCAGAAGGCUCCAUUUGCCCAAACUCGAAUACUUUGCCUAUGGUCCUCAGUCCCAGACACUUCUCGUCAAUGAUUCCGCCAGAAUUCCAAUAGUCGCCCGUAUUCUUGAUGCCCCAAACCUCAAAACGUUUGAGGACCACACCGUUAUGCCCCUCGAAUUCUCUCUUCCCGUGUCGGAGAACUGGAACUUUCUCCUCUUGGAAAACUAUAUAGGCCGUACGUCACGCGAACUCGGAUACGUCAAGCAGUUAUUUCCCCACAUCCGGAGAAUGGCAUUCCUGGUGGAUCCAGAGUCUGGCGUGCUGGACGUGACUGCACUGAUUGACGAAGCCAGGAAUGGCAUGCUUACUUCACUCGAGGCGAUUGAAAUGUUCCAAAGUGCCACCCUGCUUCGUGAUCCACUGGUACAACAAAGUCUAAAGGAGUAUCGAGAGGUUCGAGGACGCGACUUAUACGUAAUAUUCCAUCCAGGGCGGCACGAUACGCCGUACCAACAGUGCUUCUUUGGAUUCCCAUGUUGCUCCAGUUAUCGGCCCGAUCCUGUUAAACCGCAAGGGUUGGCCCAUCAUGUGAUGGGUAUCAAUGGCACCUUUGCAAAUAUCUCGCAACCUUCCAAGUAA